CGCCGAAUUUGUUCUCUAUUCUUGGCUUGCAGCAAAACUCAAGCUUCCCAAUCGCGUCCGCCAAUGGCAUAACGAACGGAGUAGGCGGAAUGUUUGGGUCGCGUGAAAGUGACGAGGAGCUGCUUGUCGCUGCUCUGCGAGAAAGUGGCGCUAAGGGUUUGACCUACAGACAGGCUUUGGAAGGUCUGCACGGUGUACACAACCACACCGCGAACCAAUGGAAGGACUAUUAUCUCGAGCACACACAGCGUAUUAAUUCCUUGCUGUCUCAGCGUAACGGCGAUCGGCCGGUGGCCGUGGCGAAGAAGCCAGCAAUCGACUCUAAGCUGCGAAAUGGCAGCUCAUCGCAUCUUCACGGGCACUCGAGCUCGCCUCCGGUGAAGGUCAAGCACGAACGUGUCAGCGCUGCGGAUCGUGGACGAUCGGACACGAAGGUGAAAGUCAAAACUGAACGCACGGGGAAAGCAAAGAGCAAGGACCGCGUGUCGCGCACGCCUUCACCACCUCGGAACCCUGUCAAACGGGGUCAGAAGUACUCGUUCACGGACGAAGACCGUGAUUGGUUCGUGCGCUACGCCAACUAUCGACUCAAGGAGGAUCCCAAUUUGAAAAAGCUGGAUAUAUGCGCUGAGCUUGCGAAGAAAGCCCCGCACCAUUCAGCCUUGUCCUGGAUGAGCCACUGGGGGCAGCAACGGGUUUAUUACGCCUCCGUCAUCCCACACUUUCAGGAGUAUGUCUCGAAGGAGGAACCCAUUACUGGAGAUAGCGCAAGCUCGGGCGAAGACUCGGAAGAGGACGAUGACGGUACUGAUUCGCAGUAUUCUUCCAGUGCUUCAGAAUCAAGCGAGGAGACAGAUUCCGAAGAAGAUAUCAAGAACAUGAGUGGUGCUGGAAGGACAUUGAACGACGCUGACAAAAGGGUCCUCGCUCGAUACAUCGCUGCAUUUGGUACCGACUGGGACCAUAUGAGCUACAAGGACAGAUGGGAGUCCAUUGUAGAUAAAUAUCCUCAACGAAAUUUGAAGGCUUGGGCACAGAUUUUUCACGUCCAUUCGAGAGCCAUCAACAAUCUUGCUCGCAAGUACCGUAGAAGAAGCUUUGCCCGCAAGUCCGUGCUAUCACAAAAGGCGGUACCGAGCUGGGCAAAGAAGCAGACAUCUUCCGCUGGUCUGAAACGAGUGCGUUCAUAUGAGGAAGAAGACAGUCAGUCGUCUAAGCGGACACGAGACGAACCCUCGUUGUGAUUCCUUUUGGUUUCAUUCCCAUUAGCCGCAAGAUCAUCGCUACUCUUUUCUCAUCGCUACUCUUUUCUGUACAUUCCCCUGCGACUUUGUCAUAUAAUACCUACGAUGUGUAGUACUCGUUCC